ACCUACCUACCUACCUAGGUACGUAUGUACCCAAGGUAAGGUAGGUAAGCAUUGCUUCUCUUGCCGCGGUGCUGGGCCAUUUACGCUACUGCGCCUUCCUGCGAUAUAGUUGCACAAUUCUGAUUAUAUACCCCAUCGUUGCAAGUAAACAGGCAACUACCUACGCUUGUCCCAACUGCACAUCUUGGGAGGUGCGGUACCUACCAGAAGAAUUCCAAAUCUAGAAGCACAGAGUCGGAGAGAGAAGAUCAAGAGAAGGCACAAGGUCAAUCCGCGUUUGGGAGUCGGUUCAUUCUCUUGGCGUUAUCGGCUCUCUCUUCUCGCCCUCAUGGCAAGCCUAUGUCCCUUUAGACGUUGUCGUGUUGUGUAAGAAGCAGCUUUGACUGCAUCCUUCUGUCAGCCUGCCCAAGUCUGACAUUCUCUUCAUGCCAAUGCCAUUCUUUUCAAGUGGAAUAUCCGGGAUCAUACUGCAUACGUCUGAGGUGCUCUGGUCUGGGUAGUCUACAUAAAAUGGCUGUCUUCUGUUGCUGUGGCCGUCGACCGCAAAACAAGGACAAGAAAUCAACGUCGGCUCACGAUGAGCCGGUAAUACCGUCACCACCACCUCCUGCUAUUCUUUCCACGGUCUCGUCACCGAGCCAGCUUCCUGUUUCCGAACCCACGUCAAUCGUUCACUUGAAUCAAUCGAAAUGUUCACUGCCUUUGGCCACUCCGAUUCCAGGAGCCCCACUGGAGCCCGCCGAAAUCAGCGAGCUGGUUAUCGAUGAUUCCGACAGCGGUCCCGAUUCGCCUCAACCAAGGAGAAGUCGGGCUUCGAGCACUCUCCAUUUUGUCAAGAAUCACCUGCGAAAGCACAUCUCGCAAGACAGUCUGCAACGGCAGUCUCGGACCACGAUCGGUAGCAGCACCGAAGAGCUUGCUCGACGGGCUGAACUGCGACGUCUUAUGCGAAAGAGAAUACAAGAAGAGCUACAGACCGAAGACAGUCAAGACAUGGACAGCGAUGUUCCAUCCACCGUCUUGAGAUUGUCGGCACCUCUACCUCACUGCGACCAGCUUCCCGGUGGAGGGCCGCGUGACAAUCUCGAGUUCUCCGUCAUCGAGGCUAUCGAGGAUGUUGGAUCUGACAGUAACCCCGUGGCAACUGAAGAAUCAACUUCCUCCUCGCCCAAUCGCACAAACAAGUCUGAACCUGCAGCCACAAAAGAAACUUCUCCUAACCUACGUAGAGUGAGCUGCCCAGAAUACUUGACAUCCACAGAUCAGUCAAACCCCUUACGACCGGCUUCUCGAGCUGCCCUUCGCGAACGAAGGAACUCUUUACCACAUCCAUCCUCUAGUUCGCAUUCAACAUCAAGCGCAACCGGGUCCUCGUACGGAUCUUUGUUAACAUCGGAAAACGUCCAUAGUGCCAACAGGCAGGCCGUCACGGCGGUUGUGGUUAAUGGUGGCAUCUCACCCAAAGACAUCAGGCGACAGACAACCAUCGAGUUCAAGGAGACCAUCGUUAGACGAGCACCACGUCGUGCCUCCCGGUCUCCAAAACGAACUGGGGUGUACUCGAAAUCCCGAUCAAAGUCUCCUCCUGCGUCUGAUGCUCUCGAUCUCGACCACUCACCAAUGAAGACAUGGCUGAGGUGCCAGGAACUCUGUACUUUCUCAGCGGGAACCCAUCAAAAUGAACUGCCCGUAGCGCGUCAUGACGGACCAAGCGAUGGCGGGGAGCCUGGACAGGCAAAGUCACCAUCUGCCACAGAUGACUUAACCCUGCAUCCAGGUGUUGAUAUAGGCCCGGUAAACACAGACCCCAGCGAGCCUCAAGACGCCACUGUCCUUCGUGGUGGAGCUCUGGGUGAUUGCGACUGCUCUCAUUUGGCCAGCUCGGAUUGUUCGGUCCACCCUCCUUCAGCACCAUCAUCAGUCCUGGAGACACAUGAAUCCGGCUCUGGAACAGUAUCGAAUAUUUGUCAACCAAGUAGCACCUGCCGAAACUCAAUAUCAAUGAGCAACUUAAUCGGCUUAAAUAUGGGAUUCGGUUUAGCGACCAAGUGGUUCCAGCCGUUUUCCAACCGAGAAUCGUGCAGGUUUACGGGCGGCAAGAUGGCCAUGGCCCUUGCCAAUACUUCAACUGUCAGCCUCCCCAUACUUGGAAGUGUUGGGACUGUCCCCUUUGCGCCAUCAGGAGCGGUGUCCGAAGCAUCUAGCUACCAUCGCCGUGAAACAGAGCUCUUGUCUAUCCCUAAGAGAUUUACUCCAGGACGUGUAGUCAACUUCCAGUCGUCAAGCCGCUUCAGAGAGGAGUUUGAAGAGCCACAUGAUAAGAAGGCAGCUGAGAGACCUUCAUUACUCACUCGACUGCAUCUAACCAUGCCCAAGAGAGCAAGACUUGCCUCCAGAGCUCCAGCAACUGAUGAUGGGCUUGACUUGAUUGGGGCACAACCCUCAGCAACUGGGAGAGUCUCUGUGAACAGCAAGCAUUUUCUGGGCUCAGGAGGGGCUAUUGGGAUAUCGUUACCGCACAAAGAGGCCUCGUUCAAUUCUUCCAACAGACCAGAAAGCACCGAAGAUGCUUGGCGUCGUGCGAUCAGGGCUGAGGCUGACGAGCGUCGGUCUCUCGCCUGCGGCAGUAGCAACAGAAGUAGCCUCAGGACACCUAGUCCUUGCGCCCUCCGCAUGGGGGAAGGUUCAAGGUCAAGUACAUUACCAGUCAGUGAGACGAGCAUGCACAGAGCGAGCCACUCAGGUUUCUCCGAGAUGAGAGGGUCAGUAAGUCAGCAGCAGUACGAAUACCAGGGAUUCCUGAAGAGCUGCAAACGGUCCAAUCAGGCUCUGGAUAAUUGUGCUCGUCAGAAGUGUGAAGACGCCGUCAACAAAAGUCCCACGGGCGGCAGCGUCCCAAAGUCGUGGGCGAGAUUCCCAUCACACACCAGACGACAGAGAAACGGCCCAGCCACCAGCGAAAGUCAUGUGCUAGCCAAGGACUUUGCAGUCAAGUCAGAGUCUGUGAAUGGCAUGACUACAUGGCUCACUGACCAGGAUAACGCCAAGGCCGCAGCCACGGCAACAUCUGCGAAGAAGGUUACGAGGGGAUCUCGAGUUCUAUCCGGAAAGCUAAACAAGCUCAUGAAGAUCAGUCUCGAUAGGCUUGUUCCCCCUCGGGAUGCCCGCGGGGAUGCCGUGAGCCAGGUUGGCAACUCGGGGCACCUAGACAUAGACAGGAAUCAAGCCCUGUCCAAUCUCGAAUAUCCAGAGCUUCUAAUACAGCCUAGCCCAGGUGCCUUCCGGGAAUUACAGGCACUUGAGCAUGAGAUUGAGUCGCUGAGGGGCACGACGACACAACACAGCCGGCAACAAUCAACUGAAGCACGCCAGAUCGACGAGGAACUCUCUGGUAUCAGUAGAAACUUCGUCUCGAUGAUACAUGGUGCGUCCUUUUCGGUCGACGGCAUGGGAGAGCAGUCUGUCAUUAUGCCUACGGAAGUGGCAUUGCCAGUUAAACAAUCGCCAGGACCUCCAAGAUCCGCGAUCGCCCCUACUACGCCAAGCAAUAAUCGGGUAUUGCUGGACCAGCAGGUUCUGUUGAUGUCCAAAGGCUCAAGUGCCAGCGAAAGCGAGGUCUUCGUCACCCCAACCAGCCAAUUGUCUUACAGUGACAGUCCCACGACCGCGGCAGUAUUAUAUGCCGGAAAUAGAAAGGUUGUUCACUUGGUUGAUGAUUCACGGUCGGCCAAGAGCGCGUACACAGUAAUCACGGACUCCCCAACAGGCAGAGGAGCAGAUACGAUGCUUUCAUUGCAGACUCCCACGCACCAGAAGACUCCAUAGCAUGUCAACAUCGCAAGACUUUUAAGACCUGUACGGUUUACUAACAGCAUGGUGGUCUUGGCUGGCUUAUGUCCAGCUCAACAUAGCGAGAACUCUCUGCUCUCGGACCAGAGUAUUAGCAUCCGACUUGGUAUGGACACAUUCUCCUGGAGCUGAUACGACCAUCGCCAUAGUUCACUUAGAAGGCCAUGAAGAUUCCUUUGAGCUGUUGCUGUCAUAGACUGGAAGGUAACCGACAGCUCUUCUCAGAUCAUUUGGAGAUUGGAGACGAUAGAAAAGCUUUUAUGGCCAAGUAGGGCUGGACUACAUGUGCUAUAACAUGAUUUUAUCUAUACAAAUAGGCACCCCUCGGAGGGUCUUCUCUUUUGUGGUUGUUUUCAAUAGUGGAUUUUUGUUUGCACUCAUAUAGCCGAUUUCGUUUCUGUUUGUUGUGUUA